UGAGGUCAGGGGACGGGCACGGACCAGAGGGGGUAGGGGGUGGGCUGAGGCUCAGUGGAUGCUCCCAGGUGCGGGCACAGACAAAGGUGGGCAGGCUGGCGAUAGAAGGCCAUGGCAGCAGACAGGCCCCGCCCCCAUGGAGAGCUUGCCGCCAGCAGGGCCCCCGGGGUGGGGACCCCCUCUGCCGCGGCAGCUGCAGCUGGUGACAUUUUCCUGGGCCAGUCCGGACUUCAAAGCCCCCGCGGGGGUUGGGAAGAAGGAGGGGGCGUGGGAGAGCAGCGGGCUGCGGACAGAGGAGCCAGCGCGGCUGAAGGAGCAGCAGCCACCGCAUCCGCCGCCGAGAUGUCGGGUAAAGUAGCCCUGGGCAGCGACAUUGGGCAGGCACGGCGCGCCGUGGAGCAGUUACGGAUGGAGGCGGGAAUCGACCGUGUGAAGGUGUCCAAGGCGGCCGCCGAGCUGCUGCAGUUCUGCACAGAACAAGCCAAGAGCGACCCCUUCCUCGUGGGCAUCCCAGCGGCCACCAACCCCUUUAAGGAGAAGAAGCCGUGUGCCAUCCUGUGACCACAUGCCAGCGGCACCUGGAUGAACUGCACUGGGGACUGAGACAGGACUGGUGUGUGUGGGGGGGAAGGAGGGUUCCCUAGAGCCGAGCACAGCAAGAAGUAGCCCCGAGCAUCACUGCGUGUGA